GCGCGCUGACGAACUACUACAUAUCGCCCCGCCCCCUCGGUCGACACGCGUGUUACCUGUUUGCAGCAUGGCUUCUUCGGCUAAGAGGAGAGCGGUGGGUCUGGCUGAAAACCCAGAGGAAAGCGACCACAGCUCCGAUGAGAACCCGGAGGGGGACGACGAUUCCGGGGAGGAGGACAGCGAGGCGUCCGAGGAAGAGGUCCACGAGGAGGUCAUGGUGGACUUCGAAGCUCACACCAUUUCACACGGAGACUUCAACGGCAUCAAGAAGCUGUUGCAACAGCUCUUCCUGAAGGCCCAUGUAAAUACAUCAGAGAUGACGGACAUCAUCAUUCAACAGAAUCACAUCGGAAGUGUCGUCAAGCAAGCUGACGUACCAGAGGACAGUGAUGACGAGGACCCGGAUGAAGUGUUUGGUUUCAUCUCCAUGCUCAACCUAACAGAGAGAAAGGAUGUGCAGUGUGUGGAGGAGCUGAAGGACCUGAUCGUGGGCCAGUGUGACAAGACAUCCACCCACAGCGCGACAGAACAGCUAGAGCAGAUCCUCGGCGACACUAGCAAGCCCGUGGGGCUACUGCUGAGCGAGCGCUUCAUCAAUGUGCCCCCACAGAUCGCCCUCCCACUGCACAAACAGCUCCAGGAAGAAAUAGCCGAGGCUCAGAGGACGAAUAAGCCUAACGGGAGGUGUCACUAUUGUCUGAUGAUCAGCAAGACCUACAAAGAGGCAAAGAGCAUCCCAGACAGAGGAGCAGGUCCCAAAUUCAUGUUUGUCAAUGCAGAGGAGGAAUUCUUCUUUGAGCAAGCCAUCAUGAAGUUCCACUACUCGGUCCAGGAGGAGGCGGACUCCGGUUUGAGCGGCAGGUGGUCGUUUGACGACGUCCCCAUGAUGCCUUUCAGGACAGUGAUGCUGAUCCCAGCGGACCGGAUGCCUGCCAUCAUGGACAAACUCAAAGAAUACCUAACUGUGUGAACCUUACAAUAAACCCGAGACAACCAUGUAUAUAUACACACUGAGGACUUUCAGGCCCAUGGGAAUGGUUCACUUCUCUUAAGAGACGUUUUUGGUACCAUCAGCUACAGUAGUGCCACUAUUGUAAACCUGACUGUUGGCACAUGUUGUGCAGUUGGUUUCCUUUUUUCAGAAAUUGUAGAUAUGUUUUUUACAAAUUCAUGUAAGAAACAAUGCAAAAGGAAAUCACCACAUACCCUGCUAAUAUUGCAGAAAUAUAAAACUCAUGAAUAUAAGUACAGCAGGUUUUUUUUCUACAGACAUGAAAAGAUUAUGAACUAUGACAAAGAUCAGAAAUAUUUAACAGCUGAAAUGAGUAACUUUGAUUUUCAAGUCAAAUUAUUUAACAAAUUUGUAACUGUUCUGGAAUUUUUCCUUUAAACAAUUUGACAUGGUUGAAUUUGCUGACAUUAAAUCCUAUAUACAAUCA